AUGGUUCUGGUUCUGAGUUUAAGCAGCGAUGACGAGACUAUCUCCUCGGUCUCAGAUUUACAGUUCUCGGAUGUGGAUAACAUCGUCAUAUCCGAUGACACCAGUGAGCUAGAAGAGGGCGAAGUAUUAGAGAGCGAAGAGGAUGACAGAGACGAAGAAAUUGGUGAAGGUCUUGCCCUUGAUCAAGAAACCUUCAGAAGGCUCAUGGAUGAAGAGUCACGAUCAAAGCCCGGUGAAGUGCGAUCAACUUCCGAGUACGCUCCAGUUUUGGAGACUUUUCGAUCGUUACUCAGAAGUAUUCAACAGAUGCGAAAGGAGCGUACUAAAUUAGAACCGGUUGAAAAGAUUCUAGUCCAUUCAUGUUGGAGAUGUGCCAAAAAUUCUGAAAGGAGUGCUUCUGAAUCCUCCGUAAGCUCGUCGUCCGAAGAGAGUAAUUCUGAUUCUGACGACAACUCUGAUACUGACCUUUCUGAUGUGAGCGAUGAUAGUGACACUGAUGAUGACGAUGGAGGAGACUAUGACUCGGGAAUGAGUGAUGUGGAAAAAAUGAAUACUAGACAGCGUAGCUCAUAUCUCCUGAAAAAAGAGGGUGCCUAUGGACUAAUGUGCCGAUGCUCGCCUUCAGCGAAGAAAAGUGGCCUUCGUCACAAUGUCUUUCCAGGAGAGUCACGGAUCCCUAAUUGUAUUCCAAACGAGAACAACGCUUCAAAGCUUCACCAUUAUGUGCUAGUGGUUAGAAGACCAUCGGCGCCUUUAGGUGAAGGUACACGUACCCGGAUUAAUCAUGCGGGUGACUCAUAUGUGUUCCAAGGCUUCUCAGUUUUCUUCCACCGAGAAUUACCUGCGGUUCUUCCCCUGAUGCCGGUUUCACGCUAUAUCAAUGAAUAUGAAUUUCAUUUUGAAAAAGCGCCCAUGAUCAACUGUUUCACCGUCGAGGAGUUAGACAUGUUCCAUCAGUACCUUUUCGUUGACCUACUGGAAUUGUAUGAUGAGUCAGUGCGCCCAUUUGGAGUCACCGAUGGUUGCCCAAUAUAUCAUGUUAUGCCGCGAUUCAUCUGUGAACGAGAUGGUGUUCAACGAUUGCUGCCGAUGAGCAUUGUGAUUCGAUACUUGUGUGACUCAUUCGUUCCAAUUGUGAGCGAAAAGGAGGCAGAUACGCUCGCAUCCUGCACGGAAUCUGAAAUCGCAAAAGCUUUAGCAGCGAAAGAAAUUCCAACUUGGCGACGAACCCUAGAAAGAGGCCUUCUACCAUUCGAAUAG